UGCUGGGGCUGCCACCACACUUGGGGUGGCCAUGGUGGCCAUGGGGGCUGUCACUGCCCUGCUCCAGGCCCUGCUGCUCCUCGGGGAUCUGUGCUCGGCCCCCACCCUGGGGCUCCUCCAGGAACCCCCCACCAUCUACGAGGGACCCCCCGGCAGCUAUUUUGGCUUUGCCUUGGAUUUCCACACCGCAGAGGGCAGGCCCAGCGUGGCAGUGGGGGCACCCCACGCCAACACCUCCCAGCCCGGCGUGGUCCAGCCCGGUGCCGUCUUCCUCUGCUCCUGGCCCCCUGGAAAGACCCCCUGCCACCCCCUCCCCAUCGACACUGCGGGAGAUGAGACCGAGACCCAAAACACCUUAAGGCUCCACACCUACAAGUCACACCAGUGGCUUGGGGCGUCAGUCACCAGCUGGGAUGGCAAACUGGUGGUGGGUGCAGCUGGGGGCUAG